UGUAUGCAAUGGUCGACACCGAUUGGCUGAAGUGAGUAGUUGUCAAGGCUUUAGGCUUCAUUCACCAUUUUGCGACUGUAGUGUAGGACAGAAGCUGUCGUACUUUUCCUCGUUUGGGAGGCUUUAGCGGAAGAAAAAUAUUUGCAAGCCCAGACACUGACAACUGUGAACAACCGGCAAUUUAAUUGUUAUAAUUUUGGAGGAAUAUCUUUGUAGCGCAACUGAUAAAUAUUUCUGGGCCUUGGAACAGCAGGACUGAGCCGAGAUAGAGAAAAAAAAGGAAAAACAGAGGCCAAACAAGAAGAGAACGUACGAGAGAGGAAAAAGAGAGAGAGAGCGAGAGAGAGAGAGAAAGAAAGAGAGAGAGCGAAAGAGGAAGAAGAAAGAAGAAGGCGGGAUGAGCAACGGAGAGGCAGGCCCAGAGGGAAGAUAGAAGAGGAAGCAGGGAGGUGCCCGAGCAGUCCGACAGCAGAAACGACGACAGCCGAAGGGGACAGGCCAUGAAGCCGCUAAAGAAAGGGGGCAGACCCUCGCCCCCGUCCACCCGCGCCAAGGCGAGCAAGAGACGGGGACAGCCCGACAGCAGUCCCGAGCAGGACCAGUCCAAAGCCUCCCCCCCAUCCCCGAAAAGACACACGACGCCCCCCUCGUCCCACUCGGAGUCGUCCCACGAGGAGGCCCCCCGGAUCACGGUGACCCCGGACCGGGACGAGAGCCUGUCCCGCGAGGGCGACGCCUCGAAGCCGGCGGCGGCGGCGGCAGUGACCGCGGCGGAGGAGCGUCCGAGCAGCUGCCGGUCGUCGGACAGCAACAGCAGCGCGGCCAGCUCCAACAGCAGCCCCAACCCGUCGGCCAGCCGCAAGACGGCCACCUUCAAGGCGCGCGUGCCCAAGAAGAAGUACACGUCGGAGCACUGCUCCCCGUCCGCCGUCGCUGUCGCCGUCGCCACGGCCGCCGCCGCCGCCGGAAACCACGGCAACGCCAGCACGCCUCCGCUCAGUAGCAACGGCGACAGCAGCAGCGGCAGCGGCGCGCACAACGGUACCGUUGCCACGGCGGCGGCCAUCGCCGUCGCCGUCGCCGCCACCGCAGCUCAGCCUCAGGUCAGCACUGCCAACGGCCAGCAGACGCCAUCCAGCACACAGACGCCCCCCGGCCAGCCGCCGGCCGCCCCCCACAACCACAGCCACAGCCAGAGCGGGGCGGCCCCUGCCGCCGGCCCGUACGGGGACAGAGACGCGGCGGAGAGGCCCCCCGUGGCCAGCCCCCCGCGCUGCUCCUCCACAGACACUGCCAGCGAGCACUCGGCCGACCUGGAAGUGACCCGCAUGCCGGCGCCCUCGGAGCCCCAGCCCAGCACAGACGAUCGCCCCCCCAACCACCACCUCCACCACCUCCACCACCAGCAGCAGCAGCAGCAGCAGCAGCAACCACCACCACCACCCCCAGCACACUGUAACUCCAACCCCAUGCAGGACAGCCUGGCCGGCGGUCUGGCCGAGGCGCUGGCCAAGGGGCUGAAGAACCAGCGCGUGCUGGCGCGCCAGGGCUCCGGCGUGUUCCGGGCGGGCGUGGUGCGGCACGUGAGCGGCGAGCAGGACAGCGUGGAGGUGCAGCUCAACGGCGAGAAGGGCAUCAGCUACUACCCGUUCCAGGCCAGCGGCGGCGGCAGCGCCGUGGACCUCGUGCUGGACUCGCCGCCCCCGGGCGCGGCGCAGGUGGCCAUCGGGACGCACGUGUGCGUGCCGUUCGGCGGCGGCCACGAGGCCAGCGAGGGGGCGCAGCAGCUGUACCGCGAGGGCCUGGUGACGCAGGUGGACCCCCACCCGGCCGUGUCCUUCCCGUACCGCGUGCUUCUCAGAGACGAGCCUGGAGCGGCCGCCGCCGCCGCCGGCCACGACAGGAGUCCGCAGGAGGAGGGCGGAGGCGCGUCGCCGAGCCCCGUGCAGGCCGUGUGGGUGUCCCGGCAGAGCCUGCGCCUCCUGGUGCCCCCCUGGGACCUGGACCCGGGCAGCCGCGCCUGGGAGGACCGCGAGGACAUGGAGGUGGAGCGCGAGCUCUCGCACCUCAUCACGGCGCCGCUCUACAGCCGGGCGCUGCCGCUUCCGCCGCCAGGGGUCCCCCACCCGGUCGCCGGCCCUCCGCCGCCGCCUCCUCCCUCCGUCUCGUACCCGUCGUCCGUCUCCUCGACCAUCGCGGCGGCCGGCGGCCUGAUGAUGACCUCGGUGCUCAACAUGGCGGGCGGCUGGGAGCGCGAGCACGAGCAGGAGAUGGAGAGAGAGAGGGAGCGGCAGAGGGAACGAGAGAGGGAGAGGGAGAGAGAGAGGGACAGAGAGAGGGACAGAGAGCAAGAGAGACUCCAACAGCAGCACCACCAGCAGCAGACCCCCGAGGAGGACAUGGAGGUGACCAUCUUCAACUCCACCCCGAUGAGAGAGGCCGGGAUCGGGGCCGUGCCCGGAGGAAAGCCCCUCGGGGUCUCCCAGCACCGCCACAUCCUCUCCAAGCCGCCCUACCUGUCCGUGGUGCGUAACAUCGGCCCCCCACUGGGCCCUCACCUGGCGCUCAACCCGCACGGACCCCCGCCGUCUGUCCUGCUGGGCCUGGACCCGGGCACCCCGGUCAUCUCCUCCGCGCCGCAGCUUCCCCCUCUUCCGCCGUCGUCACGCGGAGUCCUGGACAAGCCUCCCUCCUCCAACUCCCACGGCUCCUCGGGGGGUUCCGGAUCGGGCGGCGGUGGUGGUUCCGGAUCGGGAUCCGGCUCGCGCUCCCGCACGCCUCUGACGGCGGCGCAGCAGAAGUACAAGAAGGGCGACGUGGUGUGCACCCCGACGGGCAUCCGCAAGAAGUUCAACGGCAAGCAGUGGCGCCGGCUGUGCUCGCGCGAGGGAUGCUCCAAGGAGUCGCAGCGCCGGGGCUACUGCUCCCGCCACCUGUCCAUGCGCACCAAGGAGAUGGAGGCCGGAGGCGGGCCGGGCCUGGGCCGGGACCGGAGCGGAGCCAGCAGCACGGGCACGCUGACGCCCUCCGACCUGCGUCUGGGCAGCGGGCGCACCAGCAGCGAGUUCGACUGGGACGACACGUCCCGGGACAGCAGCGAGGCCAGCAGCCGCGGGGGCGACUCGCGCCCUCGCCUGGUGCUCCCGUCGCUCCUGCCGCACGACCUCUCGCGUGACCUCUCCCGCGACCUCUCCCGCUUCGACUUCGACGAGUGCGAGGCGGCCAACAUGCUGGUGUCGCUGGGCAGCUCGCGCUCGGGCACGCCCUCCUUCUCGCCCGUCUCCAACCAGUCGCCCUUCUCGCCCGCCCCGUCCCCGUCCCCCUCGCCCCUCUUCGGCUUCCGCCCGGCCAACUUCAGCCCCAUCACGCCCCCCUCCCUCACCCCGCGCCGGCCUCGCCACCUGAGCGGCACCAAGCUGGGCACGCCGGGCUCGGAGCGCGAGCGCCACCUGUCGGGCGUGGUGCCCACCUUCCAGACCAACCUCACCUUCACGGUGCCCAUGAGCCCCAGCAAGCGCAAGCCCGACAUCCAGCCGCCGACGCUCCCCCUGGCGGUGCCCUCCGCCCCGCACGACUACGGCAAGCCGGAGGUCCAGCAGCAGCAGGCCCAGCUGGUGGUGGCGGCCGGCGGAGACCCGACGCUCGGGCUGAGCGCGGCCGGCUUCCGGGUCCUGUCGCCCCAGAACCAGCCGCCGACCCCGUCCUUCUCGCGCCCGCGCAGCGCCGCCAGCCGGCCCCCGUCCUCCGCCGCCUCCACCCCUCCGCCCAUGCUGGUGUCGCCCACGCCGCCCUCGCCCUUGCCCCAGGAGCCCAGCCCCCGCCGGGGCAUGCCGCUCCGCGACUCGCCCGUCAUCGUGCGCAACCCGGACGUCCCGCUGGCCAAGUUCAGCGAGGGCCCUCUGACUGGACGGAGGGGGAGCGGAGGGACCGUGGGAGGAAGUGUGACCGGUAUGAGCGGCGGCGGUGGUGGUGUUGGCAGCGGCGGCGGAGGAGGAGGAGGAGGUCGCCCGCGAGACAACGGCGGCCAGCCCCCGCACCUCAGCGGCACGCUGCAGGCCCCCGUGCCCAUCAACGGCGCCAGCGCCACCAACGGCGCCGUGCUCCUGCGCAACCCCACCUCCACCCUGGUGCUCGUCACCUCCGCCCAGUCGCUCACCACCGCCUCCAGCACCCGCUCGGUCCACGUGGGCUCGGUCGCCAUCUCCGGCGUCGGGGCCGGUCCGGCCGUGGCCAGCGGCGGCAUGGGAGAGGGCAGGGAGCGAGAGAGGAACCCCGGGGGGCACGGAGACACCCACGGAGGGGUGCUGCCCCAGCCGGUGGCCUGCCACCCAACUCCCACUGCCCUGUUGCCCCUCAUCGUGCCCGCAGAGUCCCCCCACCCUGCCCCACGCAAGGACAUCAUCAUGGGACGUCCCGGCACAGUUUGGACCAAUGUGGAACCACGCUCAGUCCCAGUCUUUCCUUGGCAUUCAUUGGUCCCUUUUCUGGAGCCCAGCCAAUCAAAUUCGUCUGGAGCCCAGCCUGCUGAUGGCCAGCCACUGGUGAAUCAGAGCAAAGAGCCCCGAUGUGGUGUAGCUCUUGUGAGUGACGGCCGCAGUGGCCAAUCAAGCACAGAGAGAGGCUCACCGUCCCGCCCUCCCCCUUCUGCUGAGGACCCUCCCCCGGAGCGCGAGGCAGGAGACAGCGAGACCGAGAGCGACGCAGAUGACCUGUUCCUACCAGGAGUGUCCCAGGACCCGGCCCCUUCCACAGUCCCAGCCAAGAGGCGCACACAGUCCCUCAGCGCCCUCCCCAAAGAUGGAGACAAGAAGAGGGAAAAAGACCACAUCCGACGGCCCAUGAAUGCCUUCAUGAUCUUCAGCAAGCGCCACCGGGCGCUGGUGCACCAGAGGCACCCCAACCAGGACAACCGCACCGUCAGCAAGACUGGAGAGUGGUGGUACGCGCUGGGGCCCAAGGAGAAGCAGAAGUACCACGACCUCGCUUUCCAGGUGAAGGAGGCCCACUUCAGAGCGCACCCAGACUGGAAGUGGUGUAAUAAAGACCGCCGGAAGUCUCUUUCUGAGGGCCGCGGGACCCCUGGGGCCAAAGACCCUCGGGAGCGCAGCGCCUCUGAGAGCGCAGAGGCCCACGCUCAAGGAGGGGACCAGAAGGGACCAGUGUCCAGCUGGCCCCCCGGGUCGGAGCGGCGUUUGGGGCCACUGGGAGGACAGCACCCUCGGCCCCGCGCUUUCUCCCAGAGUGCCGUGCACAGCCUGGAGAGGAGGGAUCAGGAUAGAGACCUGGAGAAGAUGUGUCAGGAAGGAGGAAGCGGGUUUCGCCCGCGGCCGUCCGCCUCGUCUGGACUGCAGCGAGGGGCCAGCGAGGACGUGACCAGCGACGAGGAGCGCAUGGUCAUCUGCGAGGAGGGUGACGAUGACGUCAUAGAUGACUCCUUCCCCGAGGGCUCGAUAGACCUGAAGUGCAAGGAGAGGGUGACAGACAGUGAUGAGGAGAACGCGUCUGCAGAUGAGGCCGACGGCAAGCGAGCUUUUCAGCCUGUUGUCCGUCCGUCGCGCUCCUUCUCCCCUGGCAGUGACCCAUCCAAGGGUGCGGGCAGCCGAGGCCGAGGCGGCGGCCACAGCCAAGAGAGGAUGACCAACAUGGCGGGAGGACUGGACGCCAGCGGCAGAAUCAAGGAGGUGAAAGAGGAGGAAGGUGGAGAAGGACCAGGAGGAGGAGGAGGUGGAGGAGGAGGAGGAGGGGGGGCGUCCCAGCCUUCGGCUCACUCCCUGUCGUCCUCCGGUCCGACUCACCACCCCGGGAACGGCGUGACCCAGGUGCUGGGGCCGGUGCGGAUGGCGUCCACCGUGGUGACCAGCGUGGUGCGCCCCAUGGCCAGCACCCCGGUGCCCAUCGCCAGCAAGCCCAGCGGCGGCGACCUGCCCGCCGACAAGAAGACCAAGCUGCUGAUCGCCGCCGCCGGAGGAGGAGGAGGCGGAGGAGGAGGAGGAGGAGGUGCCACCAUAGCCACCGGGGGUGGGUACUUCCCCUCGUCCUCUCCCAUACCGCAGGGUGGCGGUGGCGGUGUGGUCACCAGCUUGUUGCUGGGAGGGGCCUUCCCCAGCCACCCCACUGUCCAGCUCCUCACCCAACCCCAGACCCUCCCCUGCCCGCCCGUCGCUAGCCCCCCUACCCACGCCAACGGCGGCACCCUCCCCCUCUUCCUCCCCGCCUCCUCGCUCACCUCCCCCGGCGGCGGGGUAGGCAAGUCGGUCACUCAGGUGCAGUACAUCCUGCCCACCCUGCCCAGCGCCAACCCCAAGAGUCCCUCCCCGCAUCAGCUCGGCAGCGUCCUCACGCUGCCCACAGCUCCGCCCACCCACAUGUCCUUGGCCAAUGGUGUGCAUUCGGGGGCAGGACCAGGGAUAAGAUAUGCCUCAGUUUCUGCAAUGGGCGGGCUCAGCCCUGGAGGAGGAGGAGUUCAAGCACAGUCCCCAGUAUUGCAGAGCAAGAUGCUGGUUCCCAUGGCGACAGUGAGAACGGGCUCCACGCCUCCGCAGCCCAUCUCUCUGGUCGCCCCACCACUUCCUGUUCAAAAUGGUGCUCAACCAGGAAGUAAGAUCAUUCAGAUUGCUCCCAUGCCUGUGGUCCAGACCAACGUUCACCCGUCAGCAGCAGUGCACCCUGGGAAUUCCUUCCCUGUCUCCAUGGGAACAGCGACUGUUAUGGCUUCGGGCUCCGCUCCCCCACAGACUGUUCUGCUUACUCCUCCUCCCACAAGGAUCACUUAUGUGCAGUCCACCACAGGCGUGGUCGCCCCUAUGCCACUGGUCUCUACGGCGACCGUCUCCACCCCGCAGCAGCUCCCGCCUCCCUCAGGUCCGGCGUUCCUGCCGUCGUCCCUGGCAACCCUGGGGUUCACUGCCAUAGCCCCCGCGGGCCAGGCUCUGGUCCAGCCAAUCGGAGCAGGACAACCGCCCCUCUUGGCGCCGGCUCCUCCCCCCAACUGUUCGUCACAGCCCGCCGUGGCCAAUGGAGCGCCGCGCCAAGUGCUCACAGCCAUCUACCCCGCACCCAGCGUCACCCUAGCGACUGGGAUGGUUUCUGUGGCAACGGUACCCCCGAACAUGACCCUCGCCCCUUCCUCCUCCGGCCCAGACUCCCCCUCCUCCGGCCUGCAGAUGGGGAUGGCCGCACCUGCGCCGGUGGCCCAGCUGUCGGAGCCCGUGAAGGCGCAGCCGCACGCCGACGGACAGGUGGGCUCGUCGCCCGUCGCCAUGGAGAUGGAGAGGCAGAGCGCCCUGGAGAAGCACGCAGACGGAGAAGCACAGGCGGAAACCCCAGGACACGCCGCCACAACAGCACAAACAGGCAGCCCAGCUCGGCAUCCCACCCCCACAGGUCGCCAUGGCAGCAUGCAGGUCAUGGCUCAGGAUGCAGCCAAUCAGAGCGAGGCAGAAAGAGAGCGGAGGAUGGAGGAAGGCGGAGUGUCAUGGCGCGACCAAGUGGCUGAAGGACAGGGGUCCGAGAGGGCCCCCAAGGGCCACAGCAAUGAAGAGAGCGGGAGGGAGGACCAUGGCAAAGAGGUGAGGCGUAAGGAGUCCAACUCCCCUGCGCCUCCUCCAUCAGGACUGGAGCCUCCUCCUCCGCCUCCUCAGAAUGACAGGGACAACCCCACUGUCAAGAAGGCCAAGUCCCGCCCUCCGCCACUCAAGAGGACCUUUGAGCCUGUCGACAAGGUGAUGUCGGGGUCGUACUUCGAGGAGCGUCUGGCCGAGCUGCCGGAGUUCCGGCCCGAGGAGGUGCUUCCUUCUCCGACGCUGCAGAGUCUGGCCACCUCACCUCGAGCCAUCCUGGGGAGCUACCGCAAGAAGAGGAGGAACUCCACCGAUCUGGACUCUGCCGAUGACCCCAGCUCUCCCAGGAGGAAGAGUCGCCGGCUGUCCAGCUGCAGCUCCGAGCCCAGCACGCCCAAGAGCGCCGCCAAGUGUGAGGGGGACAUCUUCACCUUCGACAGAGCAGGAGAAUCGGAGGACAUGUUGGUGGAGCCGGGGGAGCGUGCUCCAUACUCCUCCCUGCGCCGCACCCUCGACCAGCGGCGGGCUCUCGUCAUGACACUCUUCCACGACUACGGCUUCUUCCCCUCAGCCCAGGCAACGGCUGCCUUCCAGGCCAGCCACUCGGACAUCUUCCCCACCAAGGUCUGCCUGCAGCUGAAGAUCCGCGAGGUGCGACAGAAGAUCAUGCAGACGGCCACGCCUGGGGCCUCCGACGGCCCGGGGUUGACGGCAGCGAUAGGAUCCGACUCGGCCUCCACCCCAGGCCCGUCCAGCGCACCACUGCGAGAGGAAAGCGGGGCGGAGUCUGACGAAAGGGGGAGUGGCCACGAGGAAACCAACAACACGAGCGAGUCGCAGGAUUCGACCAGAUGAAGAACGACUCACAACAACAAUUAGCAACUAAUAGCGAAGGUGGAGGAGAUGAGAGACACACGGAGGGAGGAAUAUAUCCUACACUUUCCCACAUAUUUACAUACAACAACACUUUUUUGUGGCAAUUUUUUCUUUUUUUUCCGUUCGUUUGUGGGACACAGAAAAUAUGCGGCACACAGUCUCUUAUAACACAAUCACAUCCACAGCCACACACAGUCACACACAUGCAUGCACUCACUCACAUACACCCAAUACACACCCGAACAUCAGCAUGCACACACACACACACACACGCAAACACACACACACACACACACACACACACACACACACGCACACACACAGACACAGACACACACACACACACAGACACAGACACACAGAAACAGACAAGCAAACAACAGACUAUACAGUCUAUACAAAUAGACUCACUCAGAAAACAUUACCCACGGAAACUCACAAACAUUUAUGCAAGGACACAACGCAAAACACAAACGAAAGAAUGAAAUCUAUAUCUAUAACGUUGCCGUCGGUCACUCACACUCACACACAACAGGCACAAAAACAAAACUUUUUGUAAAGAGCAUGACCAGGCACACACUUACUUUGUACAGUGAGGAGAGGGACAGAGCAAUUCGAGCACCAUGCAGACCGAUGGCCACACACACACUCACACACGGAAAAACAAAUCAUCAACCAUCAACUUGCCACUUCUAUCUCCCCCAAGUCCCCCAACCCCCUUCUCCACACAUCCAGCAUUGGUGGCUAAGCGUCCAGCCACCAGACCUCAGUUCCAGUGCCCUAGAAUGCUGCGCCUGUGCCAGCCCCUCGACUGACCUCUGCUCAUCGUAACCAAGCCAUCGGCUCUUGCUCUCCUCAUUGGCCUGAUUGUUAUACUGAAUGGAUAAGAAUGUCUCUUUCGUUUUUUGUUUUUUUUUUUCUUCCGAUUUUUUCCUUGCUUUUUAGGGGUUUUUUUGUACUGUUGAAAUGGACAGAAACUGGGCCCACGGUGGCUGGCUCUGUUGGACCCAGUCACCCAGACCCAGGCAGGCGUGUAGCAGCGGUGCCGGUUCAAGUGAGAACCAAAACUCUUUGGUUUCCCCCGUGUUCCGUGGUUCCGGUUUCCGUGUUCUGAUGAGAGAAAGGGAGGCAGCAGCGGCUCGUCUAGCAACAGCGGCAGGAAUGGAUGCAGUAGAUCAUGGCUGGCGUGUGCGUUUGCUUCUUCCUGUGGUGUUCAGAAAUAGCUGUUCUGUUAACUAGUUUUAUUUUUCUUCUUCUAUCCCUUGAUUUCAUGUUUUCUUUCAAUUCGAACUGAACCAAACGCAAGUUUGGUUAAUCAAGACUUACUGACUUGCAACUGACCAAGCGGCCGGGUAAAGGCGGAGGAAGAGAAGACAAGGCUGUGGUGACUGCCAAAAAGCAUACACACACACACACACACACACACACACACAUACACAUGUACUAAGAGCGAGUGAUAGAAUGGCACAGAAGAGGAACGUAUGUAUAUCUUCAAAAAAGAGAGAAGAAUAGACAAAAAACAAUGACUAACUCACCAAGCUUUUCCCCCAACCCCACUUAAUCUGUCUGUAGUAUGUGCUUUGUUGUCAGCACUUGUGUCGUUCUGGUGAACCCGGUUAACCUGUGACAACAGUCCGCGUUUUUCCUGGAUGGCUGUGGUAGGCCUAUCUCUUUUUAGCACGGACUAACAUAAGUACAUACCAACUCACCACCCGUUUUUUGUCUAAGCAGACUUGUGCUACUCCUCGCUCCUAAACAAAAAAAACCUCCUUUUCGAGCCUCCAUGUUAGGCUUUCCUUCCCACCCCAGCCUCUCUUACCUUGUAGUGUACGCUAUGGAUGGGGGUGCUAGUUUCUUUUAAAUAAAAAUGUUUCAGUCAGGUGUUUGCACAAUAAGUGGCCCUGUGGCCACGUUUGAAAUCAGGAAAGUAUUGUUUUUGAUAGAUAUUUAAAUUUAACCACAUCUUAGUUCCGUUCCCCCCCUUACCCCACCCUAUCCUAUACCUCCCCCGAAGCCACCCACCCAUGCUUGCCUUUCUUUUUCCUUGCUGAAGCUCCUUUUUCCUUGCUCUUAUGAUUUGUUCUUAAUUCCCCCUUUCUUGCCCCCAACUCUCACCCCAAAAGCCUGGCUUCAGGGUCAGGUGAAGUUUUGUAGCUCAGGAUGGAUUACAUUAGGAUAACCCCAGGGAAUUCUGACUCUAGAACAGUGCUACAGGGCGUAUUCUCAGGAUCUAACCCUUUCACCUCCCAACCCCAACCCCCCUACUCCCUUUCUCUGCCACUUUAUCUCAAUGGUGCAAUAGGACAGUAGAAGUGGAUAUGGUUGAUACGAUUGACAGGAUUGUGCCAUAGAUAUUCACUGUACAGUCUGAAGAGCUGUCGUAAAAAAAAAAGAAAAUGUAUAAAAAAGACAGAAAAAAUGAUGUAUAAUAACAUCUAUAAUUUGAGUUCUGAGAAAGUAAGUAAUCCAACAGAACAAACUAAAAAAAUCCAAACUAUUAAUAUAGCACUUUCUUUUUCGUCUUGUUCAGCUGAGGGGUCAUACCUAUGUCUCUCAGUAUUCACUUGAAUGUGUGAAAAAAUAUAUAUAUAUAUUUCUAUAUGUGUAUAAUAUAGAGGUGCGUGUGUGUGUGUGUAAACGUUUCUACAAGAAUUCAAGCAAACUUGAUAUUCCCUCACUCAAAAGCUGUCACUUCUUACUUGCCUAAUUCAGUGGCACAACUCUUAGGACUGUUACUGUAUGUGUGUGUAAAACUGACAGGUAUGUGAGGGAGCGUGAGCAAGAGAGAGAGAGAAAGAGAGAGAGAGAGAAAGAGAUAGUGAGAGAGAGAGAAAGAGAGAAAGAGAGAGAGUGAAUGAGAGUCAUACAGACCCUAUGAUUAGACAGAAAUUUAAAGAAUCUUGGCACUUAAUACUUACUGUCUGCAAACAUGCGCUUGCACACACACACAUGCAUACUGACACCUAUGCGUGUACACCUUACGAUUGUGUAUCCAAUAAAUGGUCCUUACUUUGGAGAAGGAAUUUUAGAAUGAGAAAGAGUGUUAGCCCGUAAACAGGCAUGUUGACCAUGUGCAAUAUUUCUAAACAAAAUGAAUAUUGAAAAUAUUAAAGACCUAACCCAACCAAAUCUAUCUGUGCCGUUUGUUUAAUGUUUGUUAAGUGUUCAGUUGAAACUUAUUAUUGUGUGGGUAUGUGUUUUUCUAUAGGCCUACUAUCUAUCCAUUUUUAUUUUUAUAUGUAUGCUACAUAGGCUACCCUAAGUCAU